CGCCCGCCCGCGAGCAGUCCGACUAGGCCCGAGUCUGGAAGCCCGGCGGAAAUGGGGGCGGCGGCCGCGGAGGCCGACCGCACUCUAUUCGUGGGUAACUUGGAGACGAAGGUGACCGAGGAGCUCCUCUUCGAGCUCUUCCACCAGUAUUUGAGAGAGAGAGCAGUCUCUGUAUGUAGCCUUGGUAGCCUGGGACUCGGAGGCUGACUUUGAACCAAUCCUCCUGCCUGCACCUCCUGACUACUGACAAUACAGGCUGGGCCAGUAAUAAAGGUGAAAAUUCCAAAAGAUAAAGAUGGCAAGUUGAAACAAUUUGCAUUUGUGAAUUUCAAACAUGAAGUGUCUGUUCCUUAUGCCAUGAAUCUUCUCAAUGGAAUCAAACUUUUUGGGAAACCCAUCAAAAUUCAGUUUAGAUCAGGAAGUAGUCACGCCUCUCAGGAUGCCAGUGUGUCAUAUCCCCAGCAUCAUGUCGGAAAUUUAAGCCCUACCUCCACAUCUCCUAACAGCUAUGAAAGGACAGUGGGUAACAUGACUCCAUCAGCACAGAUGGUCCAGAGGUCCUUCUCUUCUCCAGAAGAUUAUCAGCGGCAAGCAGUGAUGAACAGUGUUUUCAGACAGAUGUCAUAUGCUGGGAAAUUUGGUUCUCCACAUGCAGAUCAGUCGGGAUUUUCGCCAUCAGGUCAAUCACAUGGUCAUCCCUUUAACCAGUCUUCCAGCUCCCAGUGGCGCCAAGAUACAUUGUCACUACAGCGUAAAAGACAGAAUCCUCACCCCUACCUGUCAGAUAGACACUAUAGUCGUGAGCAGCGCUACUCUGAUCAUGGGCCCGACUAUUAUUACAGAGGAGGCCGAGAGGAUUGUUACUAUGACGACAGGAGUCAUGAUGGCUGGAACCAUGACUAUGAUAGCAGAAGGGACAGCAGUAGAAGUGGGAAGUGGUCCUCAUCUCGACACUAGCAAGCAUUCCAAGGACAUUUUUUACAGGGCCAUUGUAGGCCCUUUUCAUUAAGUUGUUCUGGAAAUAUUUCUAAAACUGUAUAGAGUAGCCCCACAGUUUUCCACCUGUCUUUGAAAAAGAGACGUGUUUAAGCCUAGCUUCAGUUUCCUACAGAAGGCAGGACUGAGCUCCACAUUUGUACCUCAGGGCUUCUGAAGAGGGAGGAUUCUACACAAAAGAAUGUCCCACCAUUCCAGUCACUUCAGUCUAGGGAAGAUGAACUGUAUAGAUUGGUUGUAUUAUAAAGCAAAUAUUUGAAUUAUCUCACCCUUUUGUGUUGCAAAGAUUUUCUUGGUAAUGAAAUCAUUUUGGUGUAUAUAGUAGGAAGCAUCCAAGUUGGUAGUCUGAAAUGACUAUCUGCAUUUUGUUAAUAAAUGAGAAAAUGGAACUCAGUAAUCUGUUUUAUUAACAGUUUAUUUAAAACAGUUUAUUGGUUUUGUUUGGGGAUAAAUCAUUUUCUAAUUCAGAAUUUAAGUACAAAUUCUGUGGUAUGCUCUUGAAUUUUAUCACAAGUAUACAUUAUAAAUCUAUACUAGUUCAUUCUAAGAACUUUAAAAUCCUUUCAUUAAAUUAUAUUUGAUGUAUGACUAGUCACUCAGGAAGUUAAAUAUCUACAUGUAUAUUUUUACAUAAGAAGACAGUGUUGAUAAAUUCUUUUUAGAAGAACAGCAAUGUUGAUAGAUAAAAUGGCAAAAUGUUUCACUGCAAUUUUUGAAAUUUUAUUUAAUAAUACUUCCAUGUUUCAAGAUGCUUGUUCACUGUAAAAUCGUUUUUAAGAAUUCUGUGAAAAAUGUGGAUCCUCUUUAUACCACAGCAUUUAUACUAUGUUCCUUUUUAAUAUAUUAAAUACAUAAAAAGAGAAUGUGUCUUUAUUUUGGCAACACUGAUGAUGUCAGAGGUAUCCAGUAAGUUAGCAGUGUACUUUGAAUCAUGUCAGUUCACACUUUGGUUGGUAAAGAUUGUCCAUCUUACGGUAUCUUCUGUAGAUUUGCCUUGAUGCAUGGCUAGACUUUAUCAACAUAGGUUAUGGUGUAUAGUGCUAUGAACAUUCCUUUAUCUGUGCUCUACAGUGAGAUGUUCUAAGUGUCCAGGCUCUGUGUCCCCACUUGGCAUAGUGUAGCCAGAUUAAUAAAACCCAUAGACAGAAAUUGGGGUUCAACCUGAAGGUCAGAAAAGUAAAACAGCCAGCCACUGGCUUUUACCUCUACCUCAGUCUGAAACGGCGAUCUUGCUUCCAUGAAUCUCAGAAUGAGACCGUGUCUUUGAACUGUCUCCUUCUGUUUUGUAUUCCUACAAAAAGUGCAUCACUGGAAUUAAAGGCAUAUACCACCUGGUUUCUGUGACAGGCUAGUGUGACUAUUGGGAUUAAAUGGCUUCUCACGGACUAGCCUUGGAAGAUGCAGUGAUUAUUUUCCUUCAGUCUUAUCCAGUUGGAACUUUUUUUUUUUUUUUUUUCUCCGAGACAGGGUUUCUCUGGGCUUUGGAGCCUGUCCUGGAACUAGCUCUGUAGACCAGGCUGGUCUCGAACUCACAGAGAUCCGCCUGCCUCUGCCUCCCGAGUGCUGGGAUUAAAGGCGUGCACCACCAUCGCCCUGCCCCAGUUGAACUAAUAAACUAAAUAUCUGUCCCAGAAAAAAAAGUAUAAAGUGUAGACCGAACUUUCCUGUCCCAAUUGCUUGUUCCCAAAUACCCAGCAGUGGCUUCCCAAAUAAUUGACUUGGAAGCUUAAUAUAAAUUAUAAAUACUUGGCAUGUAGGUGAGGCUUAUUACUAACUAGCUCUUAAAACUUAACCCAUUUCUAGUAAUAUCUGCUGCCCUGUGGCUCAUGUCCUCAGUCCCAUUUUGUGUGUCCAAUUUGUUUUCCAUCUCCAGCUCGUGCUCUGACUGGCGACUCUUCUGACGCCACCCUUCCUCAUCCCAUCAUUCUCAGUUUGAUUGUCCCAUCCUGCCUUGCUUUGCUAUUGGCCAAAUCAGCUUCUUUAUUAACCAAUGAAAGUAAUACAUAUUCACAGUGUACAGAAGGAUUAUUCCACAGCAACCAAGCUGUCCUUUAAAAAGUGCCCCUUUUUAAAGGAAUGUGACGACGACUGGGCUGGGCAAGCCUGGAGAGAACAAAGUAGCAGGUGCCCACCUGGGUGCCUGGUUUCAUCCACAUUCUUUCUGGCCUUUAGGCAAAGGUGCUCAUUUGGGAGAAAUAGAAGCCACAUCUCUGUUCUGGUGUUCUUGGCCUCAGGGAGGGCAUUCUGAGAAGUGCUGCUUUGGGGGCCCUACCAUACCUGACUAGUUUCUGUCUCCCGUUCUCAUACACAUUUCUGUUUGAUUAACAGCAUCGAUGUUCUGAGUAAGUUCCUAGAGUUGGGCCAAAGUUCUGGUGAAGAGUCUUCUUGAGACCACCCUCAAUUCAGACAUGAGCUAAAAGAGCAGAAACUCCCAGGCCACCCAGAGUUCUGACUGAUUGGCUACAAAGUUCAGGAGUUCCCAUUAUACCUUAAGUGUUGACAUUUUACUACAAAGACUCAGAAUUCAGGAAAAAAACUAUACACAAUUUUAUUAUAGCAAAAGGUCAAAAUGAAAAGCAGUUCCCAAAGGAGAUGCAGAGGAAAAGAACAGGGAAGUUCUCAGAAGUGAUGCUUCUGUGUCUUCUCCCCUUGGCCUCAGGUUGGAUCACCUUCUUAGCAAAGCAAAGCAUCAUGGUCAGCCAGGAAACAUGUCUGAGCUUUAUUGUCCAUUCAGAAUUUUUAUGGGCAGACGGACAAGAUGGCUCAGCAGAUAACGGCACUUGCUGACAGCCAGGAUCUUAUUCUCAAGGCGAAAAUACACAAGGAUUUUUCCCCACCUCCCCACGGCGUCAUGACGCCAACACACUGAAGCAUACACUAAUAAAGUUUGUACGUUUUCCAGGUUGCGUUGAAGGUCCAUAAAGUAGCCACCAGAGCUGAGUUUUUGGCUAUGUCACUGAACCCAAUCUUGCUUCUCUCCCAGGAGGUUCAGGCUCAUAUGCAGCUUAGAGCCCCAACCCUUUAAUUACAUGGUUGACCUUUGCAUGCUGCCCUGGUCCCAGCCUGAAGGCUCCACCUUGGUUCACCUCAGGAGCAUAAACUUUCAGGGCUCACCAUUUGAAAAUAGUAAUGAAAAUACUGGUGCAACUUGAGAAAUUCCAAGAAUCUAGGUUUUCUCCCAGAGUUAGGAACAAAGCCCCAAGUUCUUUACUAUUCAAUGCCAACUCUAAAUAGAAACAACAAUAGGAGGGACAUUCUGGAAACCAUCGUUCUACCUUAGCUAAGCUGACAGAGCACAAAGCUACGUGGUACCAUCAUUUCUCCCUUACCGUAUCAAGAAAAUACUGGAGACAGGUGGUGGCGGCGAAUGCUUUUAAUCCCAGAACUCAGGAGGCAGAGACUCAGGUUGAUGUCUCUGUGAGUUCGAGGCCAGCCUGGUAUACAGAGUUGAGUUCCAGGACAGCCAGGGCUGUUACACAGAGAAACCCUGACUUGAAAAACCAUCCUCCCCCAAGAAAAAGAACCACCCACCCACCCCCCCAAAAAAGGAAAAAGAAAACAACAACAAAAAAUACUACUAGGCAGCUUUCCUGUAGCAUACAGACUCCCCUCCGUGCUGUUACUUCUAUCUCUUGAACUUUAGCUUUCAAGUGCUACAAAUAGAUUACCCUACUCUUACUUCAAAAAGCUGAACCCCUUGAAGUAGGGUGUGGGCUAUAAGAACCCGGGGUAGGGAGUUUACAGGGAAAGGGGAGGUACCACUUAAAGAAUAUGUUGUAAUUUGGUACCUCUUGGCUGUGAUAAGAUGCUUGGACAAAAGUCACUUCAAAGAGAAAAGUUUUAGUUUACAAUCCCAGGCUACAGUUCAUCUUUGUGAGGAAGUCAGCGCAGCGGGAGUUUUGAAACAGUUAAAUACACAGAGCAAGGGACUAUGAAUUUCUUGCCGAGGGUAUGGUGCCACCCACAGUGGGCAGGUCUUCUCACUUAAUGUAAUCAAGAUAAUCUGUUAAAAACAAGUCCAUGGCCUAACCUGAUCUAGACAAUCCAUAACUGAGAUUUCCUUUUGAAGUGAUUCUAGAUUGUGCCAAGUUGACAAAACUAAACCGUGGGCUAGAGAGAUGACUCAGUUGUUAAAGAGCAUGCAUGUCUCUUCCAGAGGAGCACAGUUUGCUUCUCAGCACAUGUGUUGGGCAGCUGACAACCUCUAUAACUCCAGCACUUGAGGAUUGGACAACCUCUUCUGGCCUCUAUGGGUUUCCACAUAGAUUAGGCACACACAUACAUAUGUAAACAAAAAUAAAUCUUCAAAGCAAAAUCCCCCAGAUCUUAACCAUCACAGGGCAGGAAGUUUCAAUUAGAGGAAUAAAUCUUAUUGAUCUUUUGCUAGUGUGAUGAGUAUCAUUAAUGUAUAUUUCAAAAGUAUUUCAUUGCAAGUCAAUAGUAUUUGAGGUGAAGGCACUGGAUUUGAUCAUCCUGUAAUAUAUACAUAUAUCAAAACAGGACAAUAUGGCAAUAAAUGCUUCUAUUUGUCAAAAGCAAAACAAAACUUAAAAAAUAAGUCAUUUCUUCUCUUUUGUUUCUUAGUAAAUAUUUGAACAUAUACACAAUUAUUGAGGUUUGAUUAUGAUGUUUUGCUGUUUGCAUUGUUCAAUGCUCUUUAUCUCCUGUGUCUUUAAUUAUAUAAUAGUCAAUUUUUCCUUCAGCUUUUAACAUUAAGACCAAAGAAAGCUUUAUCAUAUCACUUUUUAAUAGCAUUAUACAGAUGUAUUUAAUUUUUAUAAAUUUUCAUAUCAAUAAGGAGAAACGGUUGGCAAAUAUAAAAUUAUGCUGUCAUAUUUAGCUUGAGUGUUGGUACAUUAAUGUGUAAAUGUGAAUUUCUUUUUUAUGAAACUAGUUUUAUUACUGCAUGCUAAACCACUUUCAAUGGUUUUAUAGAAGAGAAAGCCAAGUUCAUAGCCAAUCAGUCUCAUUUUAGAAACCAGGUUCUUUGCUUCCCUGCUUACUUGAAUUAGGUGUGACAGAAUAAGGGGAUAUGUAUUUGUAGCAAGUCUUUCUCAGUCCUGCCAGCUAGCUCUUAAAAAAUGACACAGACUUAUUAUUUAUUAUGAAAGCUCAGCCUAUAGCUUAGGCUUGUUCCUAACUAGUUCUUUUUUGAUAUUCAUUUUGCAUAUAUAUGUAUAUAUGCACACACGUGUGUAUGUUUCCUUUUUUAAUUGAUUUUUAUUGAGCUCUACAUUUUUCUCUGCUCCCCUCCCUGCCUCUCUCCUUCCCUUCAACCCUCUCCCAAGGUCCCCAUGCUCUCAAUUUAUUCAGGAGAUCUUGUCUUUUCCUACUUCCCCCUAACCAGUUCUUAUCAUUUAAAUUAAUCCAUUUUUAUUAAUCUACAUCUUGCCAUGAGCAUGGCUUGCUGUGGAAUGAUCUUUCUGUAUGCUGUGAAUGUAUAUUUCUCUCAUUGGUUAAUAAUAAAAGCUGUUUGACCAAUUGCCAGGCAGGAUAAGAUUAGGCUGAACAAUCAAACUGAGACCUCAGAUGAGGAGGGGUGGAGUCAGUAGAUGCCAGCCAGUCAUCGGAGGAGCAAGAUUUAUUAGAGCACAGAUAAAGCCAUGAGACAUGUGGCAAACAUAGAUUAAUAGAAAUAGGUCAAAGGUAAGAGCUAGUUAGUAAUAAGCCUGAGCUAGUUGGCCAAACAUUUUGUAAUUAAUAUGAAGCCUCUAAAUGAGUUUUUAGGAGCUGCUGCAGGAUGGGGCAUAACAGAGAAACCCCCAAAUACAUUACCUCUUUUUUUUUUUAAUUAUCUUUUUUAUUCUGUAACUCUGACUUGUUCGUAUCUUGUCAUCUCCCUGGCAUUUAUCUGGCAUAAUCUGUGAAUCUAGAUUACUCCUUUUCCUUUCCCAGGAAAUCCUGCCUAGCUAUUGGCCAUUCAGCUCUUUAUUAAACCAAUUACAGCAACACAUCUUCAAACAGUGUAAAAGUAUCACCCAACAGCAGUUGAUGUUAUGGCCUGAUAUUUGAAACUUGCUUUUUCCUUUGAGAUAGGGUCUCAUAUAACCUAGGCUGGUCUUGAACUCCCUAUAUGGCCAUGGAUGGCCUUGAACUCACAAAUCUCCGUCUCCAUUUCCCAAGAGAGCCACCACUCAUGGUUUACUUUUGUAAAAUAAGAAAUUGUGAGCCAGCAAGAUGGUUCAGUGGGUAAAAGCACUUGCUUCAAAAGCCUACUUAGUUGAGUCCAAUUCCCUAGAAUCCACAUUUAAAAAGCAGAAUGUGUUGUAGAGCACACACACACACCUUUAAUCCAAGCAUUCUCCAGGCAGAGAGGGGCAGAGGUAGGUGGAUCUCUGAGUUCCAGAGCAGCCAGGGCUACACACAGAAACCCUGUCUCAAACAUCCCCCUGCCCAAGCUGUAUGUGGUGGCAUGCAUCUGCAAUCCCAGCAUUCCUUCAGUGAAAUGGGAGGCAGAGACAGGAGAGUUGCCUGAAGGAUUAAAGGUCAGUUUGUCUGGAAUACAGAGCAAGGCAGAAACAGUAAGAGAGACCGUGCCUUUAAACAAGGUGGAAGGAGAGAACUGAUUCUGAAAACUGUCCUCUGACCUGCAGACGCCGUGGUGUACACGUGUGCCUUUCCCCACAUACGUGUAUACGGACACUAACAGCAGCAACAGACCAGUACACCAAAUAAAAAAUUUGAGGCUGUUUGAUUUUGUAAUUUCAAUAUUUUUUUCUCUAAAUGAUAAUAGGAAAGGUGAUCGGGAUCUAACUACUUAUGCAACUAUACAGUUUGUGCCCCAACAAAUGAAAGGCAAAAUUGGCACCAUUGUAAUAUUUUUGUUAUUUCUGAUUUCGAUAUACAAAGAUGUAUUGAUAAUCCAGUUUAAAGUAUAACUACUUGUAUUCUUUUUAAAGUUUUUAAACCCUUGGAACAAAUAAUAUAUAUGACUCAAAACCAAAAAAAAUGUGUAUGUUGAGAAAUAUCACCCCACUCUUGCUUCUUCUAACUGCUCCUUCCCAUUUGCCAGCAAGUAAUCAGUUUGUUAGUUGAGUGUCAUUCCAGUCUUUGUUUUCAUUUUGCCUCUCUUGUUGCACUUGGUCAUUUUUGUGUUUAACAGUAUAAUCCAGAUAUCUUGACUUGUGAUUAUUUGGAUGCAAUUUUUGUGUAUCUAGUAAAGAAUGCUCUUCAGCAAAUUUGCAUAAUUAAAACAUCUUUACAAGCCUUA